AUCGUUGAAACAAAAGACUGUCACCUUGUUCUUGCCAGAUAUUUUCUCUAGCCAGAAGAACUUGAACCUGAAGAACGAUGGCAGCAAUUGUUACUGGUCUGAUCCCCAUCCUCCGCACUGCAGUGGACACCACCACCACCUACAAAGGUCGUACCAUGUGGUUCGGCUUUCUUUGUAUUCGCCUCGUGACGCUUUUUGUUGCUGAAAUGCCUUGGUUUAAACUGAAUUCAGACUUCAGCUGCACCAUCACAAGGGACAGCGUGUGCACUAGAACCUGCUUCAACCAACACUUUGAUAAACCUGUGGUAAUGGUUUGGAACUAUAUUUUCAUCCUCCUCAUUCUGUCGGUCCUGAUCAUGGAGCUUUUCACUACCCACAUACACUCAGUUUUUGAGAAGCGCACCAGAGAGAAGAACGAAUCUCUGGGUGAGCUGAAAAGUGCAAGUGACCCCGGCAAUAACACAACUGCGAUGAUGAUUUUAGACAUGCACGGAAGCAGGAACACUGUGCUCUUCUACCUGUUCAGCAUUAUGCUGCGGAUUUUGGUGGAGUUUUGGUUUGUGUAUGUUCUGCUUUAUUGGAACUUGUCUAAACUAAACCAAGGGGUGUUCAUAUGUAAGAGUUAUGACACUGGAUGUCCAGAUCAGGAGUGUUUGGUGAGUGGCACUGCUGAGAAACGCAUGUCUAUCUAUGCUCUCGUGUCCGUUUCUGUCGUGGGUAUCAUCAGCAAUUCUGUGUUCUGUAUCCACUUGAUUGGCCACUACCUCUUGUAGCUGUUUUACCAAAAAAUCCUCCAGUGUGUAACUUCAUUAUUUGCUACAUGUGUUUUGGUUUCUCUUAACAAGUAUGGUCUUUCAUUCAUGUCUUUCUUUGUUCUGUUAAACAUUUUUGGUCCAGUGUACUUUGUAUGAAAUUGUUUGAAUAUCACUGAAUUUAGAACAGGUUUGCUGUGUUUAUUGAUUUGUGAUAUGUGUGGCAAUAAAGGGUGUUACAAUUUGAUCAGUUUUGGCUGUAUUGAGCAUGGUGUUUCUGACCUAACAUUUCUGUUCUUUCUUUCUUUUUUUACCUUUUGGGGUGAAACGUUGGAACAUUGUACUUUAAGAACUGUAUAAGUGCACAAGACAUUUGUUCUCCUAUUGCAGACAUGCACAUUAUAUCUUUUUUGUUUAUUUCAGGUUUGUCAAUAAAUUGGCAUGCACUAAAUGUUUUCCCCAUCAGUCAUUUUGAGAUCAUGGGCUAUGAUGCUAUAAAUAAGAAACAUAAUGAUUUACUUAAUUAAGCUUAUUGAUUCUCUAUGGUCAUGACAAGGUUAGUUGCAGAGGUCUGAACUGCAGUAUUCUCUCAUUAGGCACUUUCACCUCACAUUAAUACCACUUAUUAUUAUUAAUGUUUGACUUUGAAUAUGCAUUGUGAUUCUGAUGCAUUGCAUGAGACCCAAAAUUAAUCUUAGGUCUUCCAUCUGCUCAUAGAAAGGAUGGUUCUUGUCUACUUAUCCUUCAGGACCUGGGCAACUGAUAUGCCCACAGUGCUGAAUAUCUCAGUAAACAGUUCUUUCAAUUUCAAAUGAUUCAUUUUCAUAAAAAAUAUCUAUAUUAUAUAAACACAUGUACUUCAGUUAUAUUUUAGACAAGAUUUGUAUGCAUCUUUUCAUUCAGCAAAAAAAAAACAACAAAAAACACUAAAGAAGCAUUAGACAUGAAAAUUAUUCAAAUCUACAGACCAAACUCAGAGGACAGAAACUAACAAUCAAGACUAAAUGAACAGUACUCUACGGUAACAAUUGUUUUUAGGAGCACUUGUGCUCCUAAUUACAAAA